ACGAAGUCGUUUAACGCCAUGCCCACCUAAGGAACCAGUACUCCGGAGACAUCGCAGGGACCAGGAUGGCAAGAGAUAUAGAGAAGAUGGUGGCAGUAGGCCUCGUCUGGGGCGCCACCAACGCCUUAUUGCGCCGGGGAGCGCUUCUAUGGGACCAGCGAUCCCGGAAAUUGUCUUCCUCUUCACCAAAUCCACCAAAGCUCCACCAAAGGCUCCUCUCUUCCGUUCAAAACUUGCUUAGUGUUAUAUUUUUCUGGCAAUACUCUGUCCCUUUCUUUCUAAAUCUCUCAGCAUCUGCUACUUUCUUCGCUCUACUUAGUGAUUCACCGAUAUCACUGGCUGUUCCCGUCACCAACGCUACUACGUUUGCUGCUACAGCUUUGUUCGGGACGCUUUUAGGGGAAGAGACCAGAAUUGGGUUCGCUUUGAUGGGUACGGCUUUUAUUGUGGCUGGUGUUUGGCUCUGUAUUACGUGACUGUGUGAAAUGCUUCAUCUUCACUCGUAAUUUAGCAAUCAUUUGGAUUUUAAGAUCUUACUUGUUAUCUGGGUGCCCUCUGUUUGGUUGAAUUCUUUUUGCCCUUUGCCUAAUUAAGAUGGCAAAAGGAAUAAAUUUUCUUCUUGUUUGCCUCUUGUUACUUAAUGCUUGUUGCAAUGAGAGCUUUAAAGGCUUGCUAAUUGAGCAAUUGGAUUCCAAGAAUAAUUCUAAGUUUGUUAUAUGGAGUAAUUCGAAGUUUGGGUGGUCAAUUUCUGGGAAUAAAGAUGAUAACUUUGCUUUGAUUUUAA